GGAGGAGGAGGAGGUUUGCGUGUUCUGCGCGUUGCUACACAGACACGCACCUACUCGUAGUAGCUAUCUUUAGUAUGGCCAAGUUCUGAAAAUGUUUUGCAAGAACUGUGGGAAGGUAUAAGAAGAAUUGGCAAAGUUGACGACUUUGUAAACAAGAAGAUGACAUGUUUAGCAGUCGUAACUUUUGUUCGGGUAUAGUGGUUAUUCGGGAGAAGAGAAAACAUAUCAGAAGAACUUGUUUUUGAAGUCUUUGUGGGAAGUCCAAGGCUCCACAGAGGCUAGCAAAGGUAACGUUAUAAGUAGGCUGCUGGCGCACAAUAAUACGGGAUUUUGAAGGACUUUCGAACAAUCAACAGCAGAACAUUUGUGCUGGACUGAAACAUGAGUUCACGAUCAGGGUUUCCAGGAGGUUCUGGUUCCCCAAUGAACCCCGGAGUGAACCCCAUGAACCCAGGACAUGCGGGCGGGAUGAGGAUGACUGUUAUGCAGCCCAACUCGGGGUUCCGUGGAAUGCCCAAUUCCGCACCCCCUUACCACCAGCCAUCCCCACAGCGCCACAUGACCCCCAAUAGAGGGAUGCCCAUGCACGGGUUGGGGGGCAUGGGAGGCCCGCCAAUGCCAGGUCCAUCAUAUGGUGGAGGGAUGCCCAUGCGGUCCUCCAUGGGCCAGUCUCCCAUGGACCCCAACAGGAAACGGCUCCUCCAGCAGCAGCACCAGCAGCAGUCUGCAGGGAUGCCAAUACAGAGGAGGGGUGGCAAACGACGGAAGAUGGCUGACAAAGUGCUUCCACAGAGGAUCCGAGACCUGGUUCCGGAGUCCCAGGCCUACAUGGACCUUUUGGCCUUUGAGAGGAAGCUGGACCAGACCAUUGCUCGCAAGCGCAUGGAGAUCCAGGAAGCCAUCAAGAAACCCAUCACGCAAAAGCGAAAACUGAGGAUCUACAUUUCCAACACCUACACGCCUGCCAAGCCAGAGGGGGAGGAGGCAGAGAAAGUGGCAUCAUGGGAACUCCGCGUCGAAGGAAAACUCCUGGAGGAUCCAGGGAAACAGAAGAGAAAGUUCUCCUCCUUCUUUAAGAGCCUGGUCAUUGAAUUGGACAAAGAACUGUAUGGGCCAGACAACCAUCUUGUGGAGUGGCACAGGCUGCCCACCACCCAGGAGACGGAUGGCUUCCAGGUCAAGCGGCCGGGAGAUGUCAACGUCAAGUGUACCCUCUUGCUCAUGCUGGACCACCAGCCACCCCAGUACAAGCUGGACCCUCGGCUGGCGAGGCUGCUGGGGGUGCACACGCAGACGCGCGCCAGCAUCAUGCAGGCCCUGUGGCUCUACAUCAAGAACAACAAGCUGCAGGACAGCCACGAGAAGGAGUACAUCAACUGCAACCGCUACUUCAGACAGAUCUUCACCUGCAAUCGGAUGAAGUUCUCUGAGAUUCCCCUCAAGCUGGCCGGCCUUCUGCAGCACCCCGACCCAAUUGUCAUCAAUCACAUCAUCAGUGUGGACCCUAGUGACCAGAAGCGAACGGCGUGUUUUGACAUCGAUGUGGAGGUAGACGACCCGCUCAAGGCCCAGAUGACGGGCUUCCUGUCGUCGACUACCAACCAGCAGGAGAUUGCAGCCCUAGAGAUGAAGAUCCACGAGACCAUUGAGUCCAUUAACCAGCUGAAGACACAGAGGGACUUCAUGCUGAGUUUCAGCACUAACCCACAGGACUUCAUCCAGGACUGGCUCAAAUCCCAGAGCAGAGACCUGAAGUUGAUGACAGACGUGGCAGGCAACCCAGAGGAAGAGAGGAGGGCUGACUUCUACCAGUCCACCUGGAUGCCAGAGGCCGUGGGACGUUACGUCUACUCUAAGGUACAGCAAAGAAGGCAGGAACUGGAACAGGUUUUGGGAAUCAGGCUUACCUGAGCCACAUAUGGAGAAUAGCCAACCCCAGUGCACACACUUACUUCACUUUCUGAGCUCCAGGAUGUUAUUUUUCCCGUCUGUAUUUCCUUCUGACAUGCAAAAAUCAAACAGCAACUUCAGUUGAAGUGCCACCUUAAAGUGUGCCUGUCUGUUUCAUUUCAAAACAUGUUUCCGUCUGUUCCUUUUAGAGUUUUCGUAGGACUUUGAAUGUGGGGGUUGAAGCUGUUUUAUUGAACGUUGUCUGUGAAUAAUGGUGGACCAAAGGUUUUCCUUCUAUCAGCAAAUGAGGAAACCAAGAGUAAUACUGUUUUUUUUCCUUCCAGUAAGCAAUUAUUGUGUAGUGUUUUUUUAUGUGGUUAAUUUUGCCUUUUCUCACAAAGGUGUUAAACGUGUACGUUUCCUGAAAAGGAGUGCUUAGAAUAUCGUCUUCCCCCAUUGCCUUUCUGUAGCGCUGAGGCGGUGUAGUUCUCUGAAACCGCUUUCCAUGUUGGAUGCCAGGACAUAUGCUCAGGGAAAUUUCCUGGUGGGGAAAUAGCCAGAUUGUAGAGCCAUAGUGUUCCUUUGCCACAGGAAGUAGACUAGUUGUCAUCUAAUGUAGUUUAGAGAUUUUGCUUCCCCUGUUUUCACCUUGUAUGUCUUAUGUUGGGUUGGGUUGUUCCUUUGCCAAUGCUACUAUGAUGUGACAUUUUGGGAGUCGAUACUUGAAGGACCCCAGCUUGCUAAAAUAAGCCAUUGAAUUGUACUUUUUACAAUUUCUUUGCUUGGUUAUUUCUUUGCUUUUUAUGUGUAUGGCAAGUUUGUCAUGAAAUCAAGAAACAUUCCAAGUUUGCAAUGUGCCAUUUUCACAGUCUUUGCCUCAGAGGCUUUUGAGUACGGAUAUUAUUGUAGGUUUGUUUUGUUUGUCUUUUUCCAGGUGGUGCAAUGUAGUCUCCGAGGUAUAGAUUCAUUGUAAUUUCCUUGGUUAGCGAAAUCUAAGUGUUCAGGAAUUGCUGAUAUCAUGUGUUGGAUUUUACAACCACUAGCUUUUAUGAGGUGUUCAUAUGAAAGCAAUUGGAAAACAAAUGUUGUGUUGUUGAAGGUUUUUAUAAGCGCUUUUGUAUGUUGUUUUGUAUUUUCAUGCGAAAGCUUUUAUCUUUUUGUACCUUUUGUAUUAAAAUGUAAUUUGGUAUAUUUUUAAAUUAAAACAAAUAUAAAA